CAACACACACCGCUGGUGGCGCGCCCAGGCGGCGCGCUUCUUCCUGAGAGCGCCCUCGCCGCGCCUCUGCCGUCUGCUCAACGCCCAGCGCCACCUGUCCUAUGGCCGCCUCGCCGCUGCUGCUGUCGCCCAGGCUGAGCUCGCUGCCUCUCAGGCGGACGUGGUACUAUCACAGGGUUUAGCUCAGGCAGACGUGGCUGUGGCACAGGCUGACGCUACUGUAGCAGAGGAAGAUCAGGCUUUAGGAGAUGGGGAGAUGCCAAACACUGGGUUGCGUGCCUCUGCUGCACUGACCGCUGGUCCAUCUGACAGCAGCUCACUGUGGAAAAUCGCACCUGGCCCCAUGGAGCGGCAGCUGUGGUGGCGGGUGCGGGUGCCGUGGGUGCCACGGGCGCUGGUGAGCAUGCACGUGCGCAUGGGCGACAAGGGGCGCGAGAUGCGAGUGGCGGGCGCAGCGGAGUACGUGCGCCUGCUGCUGCGCGUGCGCCGCCACGACCCGCACGCCCGCUUCGUGUGGCUCGCCACUGAGAUGCAGCCCGUGGUGGAGCAGCUGAGCGGCAUGGGCGGGUGGAGGUGGUUCACCACAGCAGUGCCACGCAUGGUGGGCAACGACAGCAUGCCUGCAUACGAGAGAGCAUUGGGAGUGCAGCGCAGCACGGACAAUGCGUUGGUGAACCUGCUGCUGGCGGGCGAGGCGGACUACUUCAUCGGUGCGCUCGGGUCGUCCUGGUCCUUCCUGCUCGAUUCGCUGCGCUGCACCGCGGGGAAGAUGCGCCGCGGCUUCCUUAGUGUCAACGUUUCUCCCCGCUGGUAG